AUGUUUCGCAAGAAGAAAAAGAAGAGGCCCGAGAUAUCGGCACCCAAGAACUUUGAGCACCGGGUCCAUACCUCAUUCGACGCCAAGCGGGGCUGCUUCGUUGGCCUGCCGACCCAAUGGCAGAGUCUGAUCGAGAACCUGCGCAGGCCCAAACCCAUGGUGGACCCUUCCAGGAUCACAGAUGUGGAACUGAGGCCAAAGAAGACAAUUGUGCGUGGGAGCAUGAUUGGCCACGGAGACUACAUUGCGGCCAUGAUCAAUGACAUGAGCCGUCUGUCUGUGACCAGCUCUAACUCUCUGAGGAAGAGUAGCCCAUCCGCCAGAAAGAGGGCCCAGUCUCUGGGAAGGCUGGGGGAGGUGAAGGAAGGGGACGCCUACCAGUACGAGGGCCUGGCCCAAGACGAUGAUGACGAUGAGGACCCAGACCAGCAGCACUGGAAGGAAAAGACCAGACACAUCCACAGUGAGACCAAUACCCCAUACCUGGGUAUGAAGAAGAGCAUUACCCUGCAGCCUAACGGAGUCCUGCCCAGGGCCACAUCAACCUAUGAGGUCAGCGUCAACUCCUUAGACGGCCCUCUACAACCUGUCCAGUCCCAGGCCAUCCAGACACCUGGUCAUGGGGCAUAUGUGAGCGGUGAGGUGGGCAGCCCCCAAGAGAGGGUGCUCUGGAGGAGAGACUUCCAGUUGCCCAGGGGGGUCCCACCAAGCCAGAGACCUAUAGCAUGUUUUUAUAGCCCGGCUAUGACAGUCCAGCAGUCUCAUGGAGAACAGGGGACACAGGCCUCUGGCUUCCACACCGGUGUACCACUCUACAUGCACUCCCACAACAGCCCUGGGCGGCCAUUUUCCUCCUAUGACCUGAAAGCAGAGUCAGCCACCAGGUACCACUCCAGCUUCCUGCCCACUGGCACCAGUAGUCCCCUGGUUAGUGGCAUCAGACCCCAAAGGACGGUUCGCUCCUCAGCUAGCUACACCCUGGGGCUGUCUCCUAACAUGGGCCUUAGACCCAAUGGUCCAGAUCCUUUCCUGAGACACUCUGGCUGCCCUAACCCUCCUUACCCCAGGCAGGAUAGCCCAUCCCAACCUCGGCCCUCGCCUACAGGCUCCCUUGCCACCAGCCCUCCAGGCACUUGUUCCCCUGCCUUCAGACCUCCACAGCAUCCCUUGCCCAGACCACCACCAGACCCACCCAAGGUGACACAUGAACAGUUCAAAGCUGCCCUGCAGAUGGUGGUGGAUAAGGGAGAUCCACGGUCCUACCUGGAGAACUUUGUGAAGAUUGGGGAGGGCUCGACAGGGGUGGUCUGCAUCGCCAGAGAGAAGCACAGUGGCAGGCAGGUGGCCGUGAAAAUGAUGGACCUGCGGAGACAGCAGAGGAGAGAAUUACUGUUUAAUGAGGUGGUCAUCAUGAGGGACUACCAGCACAGGAACGUGGUGGAGAUGUUCAAGUCAGCCCUGGUGGAGGAGGAGCUGUGGGUGAUCAUGGAGUAUCUGCAGGGUGGAGCACUUACCAACAUCGUGUCUGAAACCAGACUGAAUGAAGAGCAGAUCGCCACAGUGUGCGAGGCUGUUCUGCAGGCUCUGGCCUAUCUCCAUUCACAGGGAGUCAUCCACAGAGACAUCAAAAGUGACUCUAUUCUUCUCACACUAGAUGGAAGGAUCAAGCUGUCAGACUUUGGCUUCUGCGCCCAGAUCAGUAAAGACAUCCCUAAAAGGAAGUCCCUGGUGGGCACACCCUACUGGAUGGCUCCAGAGGUUAUCUCCAAAUCACCGUAUGGCACCGAGGUGGAUGUUUGGUCCCUUGGUAUCAUGGUGGUGGAGAUGGUGGAUGGAGAGCCCCCCUACUUCAGUGAGACCCCUGUAGCAGCUAUGAAGAGACUAAGGGAUGAGCUGGCACCGACUGUACGCAACAUCAGCCAGAUCUCUCCAGUGCUGAAGGACUUUCUGGAUCGUAUGCUGACCCGGGACCCAGUGGAGCGGGCCAGCGCCACUGACCUGCUGGAGCACCCCUUCCUGCUGCAGAGUGGCUCGCCCCAGUGCCUGGUCCCACUGGUGGAGCAGUAUCGCAAGCGCAUGUCCCGCUGUUGACCCCGUGGAGCUCCUGUGCCCCAGCACCCACCUUAAGUCUGUCCUAUCGAGGCCUGGGACAUAGACUCAGGCCACGACCCGUCCCAGCACCAAAGCCAGCAGGGGACCAGCUCCAGAGAGCAGCCCAGUGCUUGUUAGCGUGUUCACGGCAGGACGGCAAGUUUGGCUGGCUGACAUAGCACGGGCUUGGACAUGAGAGAGAAGCACUUUAGCAUUGAGAUGAAGGUAGCAUGCGAGCAGUAUUCCUCACAUCUCAACUUUUUUGAGCCUGCUUUGAUUGGCACCCUGUGACAUCCAGUAGGGUUGUUCCUCUCAACACAACACACCAUGGUGCAUAUUGACAUAAACCAAAUUCCACUAAACUCUGUAAUGAGCACGUGUUACACUGAAGACCUCUUGUAGUGUUCAUAGUGGGUACUAUUAGUAGCUGUGUAAAAGCUUAAAGCUGUGUUAGGCUCAAACUGUAGUAGCUCAUUGUGACAUUAUUGGGGACGGAGUGGUUGGAUAAAG